CCGCGGCGACGCCGGUCCCGCUGCCCGCUGCCCGUUCUCCUCUCUCUCCUCCCCCAGCUGCCGACGUGGGGCAGCCGGCCGCAGGCGGUUAGGUGCAGCCGUGUGGGUGCGCAGCACAAGGCGGGGAUGGGAGGGCUGCGGCUGCUGGCGGUGGCUCUCACCUGCUGCUGGUGGCCGCCGGGCAGCGAGGGUAAGACCGUGCGGGGCACUUUCAGCAGCGCCGCGGCCCGAGACGCUCAGGGCCAGAGCAUCGGCCACUUCGAGUUCCACGGUGACCAUGCUCUCCUGUGUGUCAGAAUCAACAACAUAGCAGUAGCUGUUGAGAAAGAAGCUAAACUCUACCUGUUCCAAGCCCAGGAAUGGCUAAAGCUGUGGGAAAGCAGUCGUGGUUAUAGCUGUAGUGAAAGAUUAUCCAAAGCUCAGUUGACAAUGACCAUGAAUCAGACUGAACAUAAUCUGACGUUGUCCCAGAUUCCGUAUCCACAAACGUGGCACGUGUUUUAUGCAGACAAGUAUACGUGCCAAGAUGACAAUGAGAAUUCUCAGGUGGAAGAUAUCCUAUUUGAAAUGAUGUUACUAAAUCCGGAUGCCGAAGGGAAUCCAUUUGAUCAUUUUAGUGCUGGAGAAUCUGGGUUACAUGAGUUCUUUUUCCUCCUAGUCCUAGUGUACUUUGUGAUUGCUUGCAUUUAUGCUCAAUCAUUGUGGCAGGCUAUUAAGAAAGGAGGACCCAUGCACAUGAUUUUAAAAGUUCUGACAACUGCAUUGCUGUUACAAGCUGGUUCAGCUUUAGCUAAUUACAUUCAUUUCUCCAGUUACUCCAAAGAUGGAAUAGGGGUACCUUUUAUGGGAAGUUUGGCCGAAUUUUUUGACAUCGCUUCCCAAAUUCAAAUGUUAUACCUGCUUCUGAGUCUAUGCAUGGGUUGGACAAUAGUCAGAAUGAAGAAGUCUCAAAGCAGACCUCUCCAAUGGGAUUCUACUCCUGCAUCCACUGGCAUUGCUGUGUUCAUUGUCAUCACACAGAGUAUUUUGCUACUUUGGGAACAGUUUGAAGAUGCCAGUCCUCACAGCUACCAUUCGCACCACAACUUAGCCGGGGUCCUCCUGAUCAUUUUAAGAAUCUGCCUGGCAUUGUCAUUAGGCUGCGGACUCUACCAGAUCGUCACGGCGGAACGAAGUACUCUGAAAAGGGAGUUCUACAUCACGUUUGCCAAGGGCUGUAUCUUGUGGUUUCUAUGCCAUCCAGUUCUUGUAUGCAUUUCUGUCAUUUUUAGUGAAUACCAAAGAGAUAAGUUGCUCCAACAGGCUACAGACUGGAGCCACGCUCGAGUCUGCCACAUUCUGUGUGCGUUGAUACCUACCUUCUUUGGUGAACAGCUCCAUCAUUUCAAAGGGGAGUUCUGCCAGGAGCCCUUUCCAAGCAGUGCAGUAUGUGCUUGAACACACCAAUGAAUGUUGGGCCUGAGGUAUUUAUAGUGGGUACAUAGAUAGGAAGCUAGUCUACAAAAAUAGAGAAGCGACGAGAAUUUUCGAAGGGGCCUUUAGAAUUCUCUUCAAGAUUCAGGUAGGGGCAUGGUUUAUUCCUGUUACUAGAUUGGCCAGGAACCUGAUUUUUCUUAUUACUUUCUGUAGUGUGUGCACCCUGAGGAAAGAGUGGUUUAGCAAAUUAUUCUUUUAUGUCUUAUUGUGGCAUCUGUAAACUGACGCUUAAAGGAAUUUUGCCUUUGAACAAUUACAGUUCUGAACAUUAGUCCUAUUGAAAAUUUCUUUGAUAAAAUGCACCCAUGGUAAAUGUGGAGGAUAGAGUAGUUAUAUAACAGAUAUAUGUUUAUAUAAAAUAUGUAAGUUCAUGAUAAAUUGAAUAUAAUUUCUCUGUUUCUGCAUGUAAUAAAAGCAUUCCCUUUCUUUUCUUUUCAGGUUAUUACAAUAGGUGUCAUCCUUUGCCAGUCUAUUUCCAUGGUUAUUCUCUACAGACUCUUUCUAUCCCACAGUCUAUACUGGGAAGUUUCUUCGCUUUCCUCUGUAACACUACCACUGACCAUAUCAUCUGGACACAAAAGUCGGCCUCACUUCUGAUACUUGAUUUUCUCUAAAGGAAAAGUGAAUCUAUUGAACAGAGUGCAAUAAGGAUCCAAAUACAGUGACUUUUUUUUUCAUACUUUUCGUAUGAAAAAUUGAACAGAGAAAACAGAGCAUGUUAUUUAUACAACUGCAUUUAAGCAGUAUCAAAACUGAAAAAGGUUAUAAAUGAAAUGUUUUGAAAUAAACUUAAUAAACUUUCAAGAAAGAGUGUUGUUAUAAGGUGUUUUAUGCAAUUUCCAUAUGGAAAUAAAGAUUAAAAAGAAUUAUAUGAUAUUUUGGUAAGUGAUUCACCAGUUAGAAUGCCUCAUCUUAUAUCAAUGGUAACUCAGGUUUGAUAGUCUUAUAAAAAGUAAUCAGUUAAAUGAUUACUGCUUAUACAUAUCUAAACUAAGUCCAGUUAUGAAAUCAGUGUAGUACACUGAUUAAAAACUGCUUCCUUUUAUGCUGUAAGGAAAUGCAUUUUAUAUUGGAGUGUAAAAGAAUUGCAAAUGAAAUUAUUUCAGAAAAUGAAUAUAAAAUAUAUUCGUGGUUCAAUGAAUAAGCCUUUGUUUAUUUGUGGGUGGGGUUAUUCUCCACUUUCUUCUAUCACCUUUGGCUCUAGUUCAGGUCUUAGCUUGAUUAGCAGAGGGUUUUUGACGGAUAUUCUAUGACAAAUACAACUUAGACACAUUACGUGGGCUGUAAGGACAAAGGGUUUUAAAAUCCUGAGCACUUAGGUGAAGGGAAAGCAGGUUUACAUGUUUAAAAAGAAAGAAGGAAAAAGUACUAUGUGAUAUGGUACUAAAAUUUUAAUCCUGAUAUAAUUCAUUUCUCUUACACUGAAUCCCCAAUCAUAAUUAAGCCGUAUACACAGAUUAAAUUAACAGAAGCAUUUCACAUAAAUAUUGGUUUCAGUCAUCAACUACCCAUGAAUUCCUGCCCAAGGAUACUUAAUCAGGAUUAAAUUUUCUAUGAAUAAUUGAAAAACAAAAUACUCACUGGAUUUGUUAUAAUCCGUGUUGGCACUGGAUUCUAAGUAGUUGCCAUCUUGAAUCCUUUGUAAUAAAGCCAUAUUUUUUGUGUAUGUGAUGCCCCAGUAUUGAGUACGCUAGGUAAAAAAUACUCUAUGAAGUGCCUAUUUAAAGAAUUGCUAAGUGGUUGUCAGUACCUGCUGUAUAAAAUGAGUAUUCCAAUUAAUAGUCUCUGAUUAGUAAUUAUUUUGUUCCUGUUUGUCCAGUUGUUUAGACCUUUUCGUUUUUACCUCUGGCUUAUUUAAAAAAUAUUUUUUUUAUCUGCUUUCAAAGGUAUUACAUGUUUACGCAAGAAAUGGUACACUGAUCUGGCAAUUAAACUUUUUAAUUAAAUAGUUAAAAUAAUGUAGCACAGCUUAAAAAUAUCUGUGGCUUCCUCUUUGUUUCUUCCCUUACACCUAGUCUCAUGGGAAAUGAAUAGUAUUCUGCUUCAUUUUAAAGGCAAAAUGUACGUGUUUGUGGCUAGCAGAAUGACAGAGCGACAGAGUUCAGCCUGCUCAUUACGUCAUCUCUCACAGUUCUUUGUAAAUUAUUUAAUAAAUGAGAGCCACAGGUUGUGACUCGAAAGUCUGAGGGAUAUUUUAGGUUUACAUGGUCUGCCGAGUGGUCAUGACCUUUCUUUUUACCACAUCUCAAUAAUAACCCCAGUUAUUGUCUGUGGUGCAACUGAGGUGCAGUUAAGCUGAAAGAAAAAAGUGAAAAAAGCCUUUUCAUAAAUGUUGUGAACUUGCGACAAUGGGAAAGGAAUCAUCUUUGUGUUACCUUAAACAAAGAACAUAGAAACUGUAAUUAACAUAUAUGACAAAUAUUACUGUGCUUGCAUUUUUGAGACUUUACCAGGUUUUGUUUUUACUUUGUUUUUUAAUUUAUGGUUGAAUUUGCUGAUAAUUUAUUUUGUUAUUCAAGAGCCAUUGUUAAAUGAAGGAAAACAGUUGUUAAUGUGUAAAACAGUUGUUAAUAAAGUUUAGUAAUCAGAGCUCAAGUUUAUACUUAAGUCAUGACACAGCAUCCCUCUUUUUCUCUUUCUGAAUGUUUACCUGGAGAUUUGUCACCACAGACUACAGAAAGAUAAGUGUAUACUGCGAACUCUAAUUAAAGAUCAAAACUUUUCUAC